UACUAUUUUGGUCUCUCUCUCUCUCUUCCCUCUUUUUUUUUUUUUUUUUUUUGCUUAAGCUCUCUCUCUUCCCUCUGUCAACAUAGUUUCAGAGAAAAAUGUCAAGAAGAGCAUGCAAACGAGUAAGUUUCUGCCCGAACCCAGAAGCCACAGACGAGCCCAUAUUCUCAAAACAUCACGACCGGAGAAAGGUGGUUAUGAUCGGAUUUCUCAGUUGUGGUCUGAGGAGUUCCCCUGCCGCGAGGAAACUGAUGCGACGUAUUGGGGAUAGCUUCGCCAGAACGCUGCGUUUUAUGUCCUUCGGGAGGAAUAAGACUGACAAAACGUCGUCGUCGUUAUUGUUGUCUUCGUCGUCUGCUUCUUCUUCAUCGUCUAUUUAUAUGAAAAGGUCGAAGUCUCUGGCUGAGUCGGAGUCUCACAGAGCAGAAGCUAUUGAAGACUGCAUUCAGUUCUUGAACUCUUCUUUUUCUCUGACCAGAUCAAACUCUGUCCCAACGUGGUCUUCUUGAUUUGAUCCGGCUCCGGGUCGGGUCGUUUUCAUGUUGUUGUAAUGUCAGAAGGAGUUUAGAAUUGCCAAUAAUGCAUUGUAUAGGUGUGUUUUGUUUAUUUAUUUCUUUACAAUUCACACAAAGAUUGCGAGUUUUGACUUGAAAGACAAUAAAUUCUUGGAUCAUAUUUUCAACA